AUUACCUCCUCUUAGUAAAUAAAAAAGGGCUAGCCUCAUUUUAUAGUUCACCUUAACGUGGAAAGAAAAACUUUGAUAACUAUUUUUAUUGAAAUUCUGCGCAUAUACAUUUAAAAAUGCUACCUACUCGCCACGCUGAGAUUGUUGCAAAAUGGCUGGCAUCCAAUGAUUCUCGUGAUAAACUAAUAAAAGGAGCCGGGUGUUUUUUCAAGCUUCUUGGCAUCGCAUCGGGUCAAAAGAAAUACUUGGAGGUAAGCGCGGCUAUGUCUGAUUGCCGUUGUUUGAUGCGUCUUUUAUCUUGGGUGAACAAUACAAAAAAAAUUAGUGACGCAUUGGAAAAAAAUGCGGUUGGAUUACGCGAAGUUAUUUUCAUCUUACGUGUGUUGUUUGAUGGCAUUUUCAGCAUUUUGGACAAUGUGGUGUACCUUGGACAUUUUUUUGAUAAUUCAAACCCGAACCUGAUUCGACUCAGGGUGCUUUCCAGAGCAUUUCUAUUCUGGGGAUACGUUGCCGCGGUGAUACUGGAUGUGCACGACCUCGUGAAGGAUAAAACUAUACAAAGUUAUACACUACGACACUUUGUAUUGACUCGAAAUGCAUGCGAUAUGCUAUCCAGUGUAGGAAACGUCUUUAAUGUUGAUAUUGGUUUAACCAGUGCUUCCUUUUUAGGACUUUUAAGUGCUAUUAUUGCAUCUAAUGAGCAAAUUCAGAUCGCACAAAAAUCACUGAGUCCUCAGUUGGGGGGACAAAAGCUUUCAAGUCGACACUAA